AAUUAUGAUGCGUCUAUAUUACUAAGCAUUCAGCAAACUUAUCAAAGUAGAUCGUUUAGCAUUGACUCCUCAUCAAUAUUGGAUAGCAGCUGGUAAAGGAAUGGAACGACCUUAUACAGGAGAAUAUUGGUUUGUAAAUUUAAUAAUCUAUAUCAUCAGAAUCAAGAAGUUGGAACAUAUCAUUGUAAACAUUGUGACAAUCAAUUGUUUUCUUUUGAUUCUAAAUACAAAUCAACUACAGGAUAUGCAUAAUUUUGGAAUCACAUACCUAAUAGCGUCAAAUUAGAGGAAUCAAACAUUAAAGUAUUAAUUCUUAUCAACACUCUUUUAGGAAGAAAGAGAUCUAUGUUGUGCUGGAUGUGAUAGUUUUGUUGGAAAGGUCUCUUUUGAUGGACCUCCUCCAACAUUUAUUAAAUAUAGCAUUAAUUCAGCUGCAUUAAAUUUCAAACUGAAACUCUUUUAGGAAGAUCCCUACUUUAGAAAAAUUGCUAGAAAAGAAAAAUAGGCUCAACGUUCUAAAAAAGUAGAACAUAAUUAUUUAGAAAGCAAUAGCAAUUUGUGAUUUAUUAUAUUAAUAAAAAUUAUAUAUAUAUAGUGAUGAG